GUCCCAAAAUACAGAUUCCUUUUACUCCAAGAUUACGUACUAGCAUCGACUAGUGUCCGCUGUUUGCUAAGGUUUUAUAUUGUCGACAACAUGAUGGCAGGUACACUGCCAACACCGCAACCUUGCCAGACGUGCGGGACGACGGUGGACAAGACGUUUACCUGUAUUCAGUGCAACAAUCUUGCGUUUUGCGAGAGGUGCUGGCCCAAGUGGAUACUACACAUACCCGGUGCGGUGGGAUGGGACGGAAAGCCGCACGAAAAGGCGGAUCCAGUCGUGGUCCACCGGCUUCGCCAGGUUCUAGAACCAAGCCGCACCGAGGCGCAACAUGAGACGGAGCUCCUCGAUGAUGAAGACACGACGUGGUUCGGUUUCGGUCGCGAUGCUUCGGGUCAUCCGACAUUUCACGACUAUGGCCGGUUCGCCGCUAUCAUGGGUGAGACGUUCUCGGAGGAAACGCCCGAGCGAUUCCCUCAGCUUGCAUCGUUCAUUGGAGAAACUGGCGCCGGGAAGAGCACUCUGAUCAAGCUUCUGAUCGAUCGACAGGACUUGGCUUCCCAGGAGGGUUCCAGAUAUUAUGCCCCCGUUACAUCAUCCAAUUAUGACCGCAUUCCUACCACAGGGGAUAUUCAUCUAUACGCGGAUCCAUCAACGCUGACAACCAGCACGCCGUUGCUCCUAGUUGACUGUGAAGGUCUCAGCGGAGGCGAGGCCAUGCCAAAACAGCUUCGACACCGCUCCCAGGACCUCGAAAAAGACUAUAGGCGCCUCAGCUCGCCGCGUCAGCUUGCCUGGGCAGACAAUCCACAGACACGAAAACGCGAGUUCGCCGUCUCGCAGCUAUACCCCCGGAUCCUCUACACCUUCUCCGACGUGGUAGUCUUCGUCCUCCGCAACCCACGGGCCUUUGAAUCCACCGUCCUAGACAAGCUCCUCCGCUGGGGCGCAGCCUCCAUCGACAAGUCCCUGAACCAACCUGUGCUCCCACAUGCCAUCAUUGUGCUCAAUGCAACGGAAAGCAACGUCGACGACAAAGAAUGGGACGUUACCACAGCGACCGAAAUGCUCCUCUCCGACAUCCAUGGUGCCAUCAUGCGCGAGCCCUCGCUACAGGAACACGUGCAAACCUGGCGCCGUCGAGGUCGCCAUAUCAACAGCACCAAGGAGCUGCUCGAAUGCUACUACGCCUCUAUCACCAUUAUCCGGAUCCCAUACAGGGGGUCGUACAUGCUGAUGAACGAGCAGGCGGGCAAGCUAUCGGACCUGAUCAAGGAGAGGUGCGCGGCGUCACACCGACGGAAGAAGAGGGUCCGCAUGUUGGCUAAUACGGAGAAGUUGCAGUUUUACCUGCAGGCGGCGUAUGACCACUUUGCCAAGGAUUUGGACACGCCAUUUGAUUUUGUCAAGGAGGCGCUGAGGCAUAGCCCCGUGUCGAGGAAUUUUGAGGGGAACACACUGAAUUUGGCGUUGUCGAUUAAGGAGAAGUCGAGUAAUAUCGAUCUGAGGGGGAAUGCGGAGCAGAUAUUCAGGGCGAUUGGGCCCAUGAUUGCGUCGUACGUUAUGUUUGAUGCUGUGCGGCAGAAUUUGCUCGGCACGGCAGCACGCCUUCUGGACGACAGAUACGCCGAGCCCUGCAACGGUGCCCUCCAGAGCUUCGCAGACAUGUACUGGCCCUGCAGCUUCUACAACCCGGCGCAUGGAGACGAACUCGGCCGCUGCUGCAACGUCAGAUCCGGCCAUAACCCCAAAGGCCACCAGAACAAGCAAGGGAAGAUCAUCGGCAACGGUGACUACGAGUCGGACCUGAACGCCGCCGAGUUUGGUCCCGUUUGGGGCCAGCUGAUAAGGGCCAGUUUGGCGCAACUCCAGGCUUCGUCCUUCAGAUUGAGUCAAGAGCUCCCGAACAAGACUGAGCUCCAGAUUUCUUCGCUUCUCCAUCGAGAGCGUCUCAAUGAGCUAUACUCGAAUAUCCUGGGCACUGCAACUGACUAUGUCAGUUAUUCGGCGUGUCUGUGCUGUUUGCGAGAACUGCCAGAAUGUACACUACCAUGCGGACAUGUGCUGUGCCUUCCGUGCAUCCAGGUCUAUGGGAACAGGACAUCGAGGACCACCAUUGAGAUUACCCGGUGCCCCUUGCAUGUACGGGACGUCAUCGCCAGUCCGCCUUGGGUCAUCGUGACCAAGCCACUGCACGCUGGUGCUCGCGUUCUUUGUCUUGACGGUGGCGGCAUACGAGGCAUUGUGCAGCUUCAAGUACUAAAUCAGAUGGAGAAGAUACUGGGUCCAGAUUUACCCAUCCAGCUUUUCUUCGAUCUCAUUGUGGGCACUGACACUGGAGGCAUCGUCGCCAUUGGCUUGGGCGUUAAGAAAUGGACGGUCAACGCAACCAUGGAUAAGCUUAAGGACAUCUGCAAGGAAGCCUUCACUCCACGUGAAAUGACGAGCGUGCCGAUAUUUGGCGCCCUAUCUAGUCUUUAUCACGGCAGUCUGUACAAGACUCAGCCUUUUACCAAGGCUCUGAAGAGGUACUUCUCGGACCAGCCCUUUUUUGGAGGAGCUACGCAUGCCUCCAAAUAUACCACGUCGAUCAAGGUUGCCGUUACUGCUACUACGGCAAUGGAUCAGCGGGCUGUUGUGUUUGCGAAUUACAAUCGUCCAGAUCCUCCAGAUGCGCCCUACCAGUUCACUCGCUCAGACGUACCAUCAAAAGAGAUGCACAUGUGGGAAGCCGCCCGCGCAACCUCAGCCACACCCCCAUUCUUCAAACCCUUCCUCAAGCCCGAAACGCAAAAUGAGUAUGUCGGCGGCAGCUUGCACCACGCCUGUCCGAUCCGCGUCGCCCACCAUGAAGCCAAAUCCAUCUGGCGCGACCUUGCCGACAGGCCCCCAGACAUUCUGUUAUCCCUCGGCACAGGCCAUAACGUCGGCGACAACACCAGAGACUCCGCCAUGGCGGGUCACUCUUCUUCGUCGCUCAACAGCAGCAACCCCACGGGCGUAAUCCGCCAAGGCCGCGGCGGCGCGGGGAAUUAUGUGCGCCAGAACACCUCGACGACGGCGAGUUCUGGGCCAGCGGGGCAGAGGACCACGGGAACAGGGUAUUUUAUCCGAGAUCCGAAUACGCCGUUGCUGGUAUCAUUUAAUAACCCGACUGCUGGUGCGGAUCGGCUGAAUGAUCUGACGCAUCGAAGGUGUGAUAAGACGUGGAACAAGUUUAUGAGCGGGAAUGCGGUGCACAAGGAGAAUCGGGCUCGGUACAUGAGGAUUAAUCCCGAGAGGUUUGAGAAAUUGCCCAAGUUGGAUAGCCUGAGGGAUAUGGAUAGUCUGGAGCGGGAGACGGAGCAUAUUAUCCGACGAGAUGCUGGCCAAAUAUACGAGGCGGUGCAUAGGUUGAUUGCGAGCACGUUUUUCUUUGACAAGGAUGCUGGUUCGGUAAAGCAAACGGCUUCGGGGUUUACGUGCACUGGCUCCAUCCUCUGCCGCUUCCGUAACUCUUCCCCCGAACUCAAAGCCCUAGGCUGGUUCUUGAUCUCUUGCCUCGUCGGCGAAUUCGCCCCCUUCUUCCUCCUCGAAGCAACCGGUGACCCGCGCCAGCCCGCCCACCAGGUCGUUCUUACCAACGCUGUGCUCCAGUAUAUGCACCUGUAUGGCCAUUUCGCCCUCGACACGGUGCGCAUCGAUGCCUCGUACGAGAAUUCCGAGACGCGCAUCUCGCUUUGUCUGCAAACGGCGACGACGUAUUCUUCGGGGAGUACGGUGCUACCGAUUAGUGGGUUUCCGAGGCUAUUGAUGGGUGGGGAUGGGAUUGUUUUGGCGGUUCCUUCGCAGACGCAUUCGGUUAUUGAGAAGAGGCCUGGUGCUAUAUCACCAGAGCCAGUCGUCAGUCCCGCAUCUAGUCUUGGCUCUUUUGGGAAACUUUCCCUGCGGAGAGACUCGGAUUUCAUGGCUGAGUUGCCUGGAAAUUCAGUGCCUCCUGCUGAGCUUCCGGGCCACUGACAGUAAACGAGGGAGACGUCACCGAGUCAGAGCCCACAGCUAUUGGGAAGUGAUGAGAUUACAAUUCCCAAGAAGUUAUCAAGUUGUACAUGGCGUCGCUAUCCACAUCUGACAGGUGCAUUUCUAUUAGAGAACAAGAUUUCACAUGCACUCGUGUUUUGUUUCUUCAGAUCCGCCUAGUAGAUCAAACACAAAGUUGAUCCACGCCAAAAGCGCUAUACAAAUUCUGUGCGCCAUAAUUGUCACCUUGCCUAUCCUGCUUAACACCCAGGAAAGCAUCUCGUAAUUCCGUACAUUGUGAAGUCGAU